UGUUCAUCGGGCAUCUCCGCCAUCCAUGUAGGAUUGGGAAUGCAUGAGUCAGACCUCGUCCAAUCAGAUCAUUCAUUGUCAACUCCGUGUCUCUUGUCAAGUCGGUGUGUGUCCCACCCACCCACCCACGCACGGGCCCACCACAUGACACAACCAUCACAUGACACAACCACGACGACUCUCUCCCCGUGUGCCCGUGUGUGUGUGACCUGCCUUGCCGCUUCGAGCAGGCAGCAACACGAAAGGCACCACGCACACGAAUAGGUGCUCUCUCUGCACCACCCAAACCCAAUGGUGUGUGUGAUGUGACACUACCAGUCUUCUUGGCCCCGCCGAUGGAUAUGGUCUUCUUGCCUUACUGAUUCGAGCAGGCAGGAAGGCCAUACCCAAGGUCAAGCUGAAGACCAGGCAGGCGUCACCCACAUACGCUUUUACACGUCAGAUCAUGAUGCCUGUUCUUGGCUUCUCGCUCCCUGAUCCCUUAUCACCCACAUGUAUCUGUCUCUCUCUCAGUAUCAUACAACACAUUUGUGCGAGAACCCACCCCCUCCGUCCCUACGUGUGUGUGCGAUCGGCUCUCUCGCUUACUUCGUUCCCUCGCUCCACUGGUCGCUCGCUCGCUCGGCACGACUCACUUCACCUCACAAGCACAUUGACGCGAUGAAAAACGUUGUGUCUGUCUGUCUGUCUGGGCACUGAAACACAUUGAUUGAUUGCAUCUUGAUGCAAAGACCGGCCACUAAUCAAGCAUCACUUAUCCACUGAGCACCCACCCGCAGGCACAUGGAUAGAAAUCACUGCCCCGGCCUCUCUCUCUCUCUCCCUUCUCCUUCCUGCAUUGUGUGUGUGUGGUGUGGCGUCUGUGGUGCAGUGCAUGGCACAGACAUCCCACCCAUUCGCCAGUGACGAGAAAAAAGACGCAUUAGGCACAUGACAAUACAUACAACACAGCCGGCUGAUGAGAGAGUUCGCCCGCAGUGGUAAGCGGGCUCUUCUCUCUCCCACACACACACGCACUGCAUCGCACUGACAUUACACAACGCAUCCAUCCAUCCAUCCAACCAUCCACUCAUGCACUCGUGUAUCCUACAUGCCCCUCCCCCGGUGAGUGUGGUGUGUGGUGUGUGGUGUGUGUCUACUGCGUGAGCUCGGUGAGGGCCACGACGGCCUGGCGGAUGUCCCCGCCCUUCAUCUACACACACUCGACACACACCAGACAUAAAGAAGAGAAUGGGCGCUCGCUUCACGCUCGUGUAAGUCGUGUAGGUGGUGUGGUGCAUACCUUGAGUAUCUCGCGGUUGAGGUCCUGGUUCUCGAAACCCAUCUCGCUCAACAACUGAAACAUACACAACACAUCCAGCCUCUCUCUCCCCUCCCUCCCUCCCUCCCUGCCAACCCACCGACGCACCUGCAGCUUCCUGUCCAUGUCCUGCUGGUCGGCGUCGCCCUCACCCUCGCCCUGCCCCUGUGUCUGGGCACCCGAACGCUCCUCGUUGUUGCCCGGCCCCUCGUUCCACAUCUCCAACUCGACAUCCCAGCCGGGCUGAGCCGAAGGGCCGGGGGGAGGAGGCGGGGGCAUCAUGCCGCCGCCCAUGCCGCCAUACCCCCAUGCCUGGCCGCAGAAGGGCGGCAUCGGCAUGCCACCCCAUGGCUGGCCGCCACGGUGGCCGAAGCCGCGAGGGCCCCAGCCGUGGUGGUGGUGGCGACCGCCGAAAUGGAAGUUCUGCAACGUCAUGGAUACAAUGAUAAGCAUGGUGUGUUGGUGGCCGUGGUCGGUGUGUUGGUUUGUGUGUGGUGUGCGUGCUGUACCUUGUGGUGUGCCUUCCACUUGCCGCCCUUCUUGCCGCCACACGGGCCGCCCCUGCCGCCACACGGCCCGGGGCGGCCCUGGUUGGGCGCGCCGCAGCUGAAGUCGACCGAUCCGGCGAAUCGGGGCAUCACCACGGGCACCAGCGACGCAAACUCACUCAUAAUCACCUGGAUGGACAACACACACACGCCCUCGAGUGCAUCCUCCCUCUCUCUCUCCCUCCCUCCCUCCCUCCCCUGUUGCUUACCUGCAGCAGCUCCAGGGCAUACUGCAGAGCAGCGGUGGCGAUGCCGUCCACGGCCUUGACCAGGGCCUUGAGCACGUCAGCCACAGCCACACUGGUGCCGUCCACCAGCGAGCGCACGCCGGCCGUGAAUGCCUCCAGGUUGUGGGUGAGUGCCUCGCGGUCGAUGGCGGCCUCCGACAUGCCGUGGACGGUGGCGGUGGUCUGCUCGAGCUGCGUGCCGAUGCGCUGCAGGCGCUCGGUGAUCUGGGGGAGGUAGUCGACGGCGGCCUCGUUGAUGCGCUCGGCGUGGCUGUCGAUGCUCUCACUAACGUUCUGCAGAAACCCGCGGGCCAUCGAGGCCGCCUGACAGACAGAGACACAAACAAACAAACAGACAUGUGAGCCGGACAAAGUGUGUUGAUGGAUGGGAUUGUGUGUCAGUGUGUACCGUGUUGGGGUCGUUGAGGAGGCUCAUCAUCAUCGCCAUGAAGCCCAUCGGGCCGCAGGGCGGGGGACCCUCUCGCUCCUGCUGCUGCUGCUGCUGCUCCUGCUCCCCCUCUCCCUCUGUCUCCUGGCUGGCAGCUGCCUUCUUGGCGUCCCUCUUGGCCUCCUUGACGGCGCGCUUGCGCUCCCGGUCGAUGUCCUUGGUGUUGAUGACCUUGAGCUUGAGGAUGGCCUUGCUGCUGUCGCCCGCCUCAUGGGCCACCUGGAUGGCGUCGAGCGUCGUGCUGGGCGUCAACGUGCAGUACUCACCUGCAGCAGAGCAGCAACACAUGGAAACGCAUCGACGAUGGUGUGAUGGUGUGAUGCUGUGAGGCGCGACAUACCCUCUUCGUCGAGAUACUUGAGGACAUAGCCGUCCGCGAGGUGGGGCGCCUUGCCGGGCUCGACAUCGGCCUUGUUGAGGCCCUCGUAGCUGUCCGUCAACGUGUCGAUGAUCUGGGAAAGAAAAUCACACAAGAGAUCCAGCAUUGAGCAUUGAGCAUGACGUCUCAGACGGCCUUCUCUGGCAGUCUCGUCUCUCCUUACCAACUCAUAGUACUUGGCAGGCGAAGCACUGCUGGCAAUGUCGAAACCCGGCAGACGGAACCGACGAAUGUCGCCCUGACGCACAGAACACACAGACAAGCGGGCAGUCGUUGGGAAUUGUGUGCCGGUGCAGGGCGCCGGUCGUGCGCACCUGGAAGUCGACUUUGAGCAGCAUGGUGCCGUUGGUUGGGGUGACGAGGACAUACUGGGAUGCGGUGGAUGCCGUGGGACCCUCUGCAGCAGCCGCGGCGGCAGCAGCGGACGAUGACGGCGAACUCGUGGGCACCAUCAGAAGAACGACAGAUCAACAACAACUAUCACUAUCUCAGACAGCAACAACACUACUGUCACAAGACUCUCAGAAUGGGCAGAAUGGCCGUGUGCCAGCCUGUCCGUUGAGUCCUUCGCGUGUUUCGUCUCUUCAGC